AUUGUGACGAAUGGGUGUUAUUAUACAUUAUUUGUUAAUUAACAAAACAAGAUAAAUAUAAAACAAAAUAGAAUAACAAUAUUGCAAUUCUAAUUGUAAAUUAGUGGUAUGACACGCUUGUUGUAUUCUUACACCACGAAUUCGAAGAAACAUAACCAAAAAUAUACGAACUGAAAACAUAUAUUGUGUGUCAUUGUGUAAUCGUGUUUAUCAGUAGUGGCGGUAAAAGUGAUUAUUCCAUUUCGUCAGUGAUUAUACAAAUUUUUCUGAAGUUCAAAAUAUUUUCAUUAAAAAUAUAAAAAAAAUAGAAUUACAAAAAUACAAAAAAAAGAAUUUUUUUUUCUGGUAAUAUUUUAAAAACUUUAUUUUUUUUUUCUAUCCUUAUUUCGGUGGUAUGAAAUAUUAUAGCGAAAAAUACGAAUUAAAUAAGCGAAAAGAGUUAUACAGUGAAAAAACAAAAUCAAGAUAAAAGAAAAAAACGCAAGAAACAGUGAGAUCUUCUAAGAGUGAAACAAUCACAUAAACAAUUAUCCUGAUAUUUAUCAUUGACAGUUCUUAUCCCCCGCAUUGCGGCGGAAAAUAGCAGAAGGCUUGAUUUGAUCGACAAGAUCGACGACAGUAGUAGAGGCGGCGACCGCCUGAUUUGUAGCGUCCGUACUCAGUCCUCAGUGUAGGCUAGUCGGGCGCUUGGUAGUCGUUGUCUCGACAAAAUCUUCCAGUUUAUUUUCUUGAUAAAUCUUCUUCUCAAAGAAAUUUCAUUGUUUGAAAGAUUUUAUAUUCAUUAGUGUUAUUUAUUGACUAUUAAUCAGUGUAAAAAUAUAAUUAUUUUCUUAAAAGUAUUAUUGAGAGAGGUUAUCUUUGAAUAAACAAACUAUAAAGAAAAUUUAUUGUGAUUUGUUUAUUAUAUUUCGUUUACGACGAUUUUGAAUCAAGUAAUUAAGACAGAACUAAAGAAUUAAAAAGAUCAAUAAAAUUUAAAGAAUUUUGACAAACGAAAUAUUUGAUUCACGACAUAAACAUGGCGGCAAACAUGUGUAUACAACAAAAUUGUACCGACUCGACCGGAUUUCUGUAUGAAAUGAUUACACAAGAAAUGUGGAUACCAUGGCAAACUACAGUAGAAUAUUUCGAUUAUACAUGGCUGUUUUCUUUACUUGGAAGUACUAUGAUUGGAUUAACUGGUAUUUUUCCUCUUUUGGUCAUCCCCAUAGAAGAAGGUGCUGAUAUAAAAACUGGAGAUAGCUCUGGUACGCUGAAAAUAUUACUGAGCUUUGCAGUUGGUGGUCUUCUUGGCGAUAUCUUUUUGCAUUUGUUACCAGAAGCAUGGAAGACCGGCUCUUUGAACAAAGCAACGGAUGCUGUUCAUCCGACUCCUGGUCUAUGGAUACUAGGAGGCUUUCUGAUAUUCGUUAUAGCGGAAAAGCUAUUUGCCUUCGAACAAGAAGCUGAAAGCGAAGAUAUUUCUGCGAACAAUGCGAAUUUGACCGAUAAAAUUAGUGAUGAAACUGAAAAAAAAAUAGAGAAUAACAAUUGUAUCAAUUUGAUUGAAAGUAAUUCAAAGAAUGGUUUCUCAAAACAAUUUAUCAAUGACUUUUCAAAAAUUAUUAAUGAGGUACAGCCCUUCUUGGAAAAGAAGAACGGAUACUCUCAAUUGCCAAACGGUUACAAAGAUAUACACAAGAAUGGCUUUGUUACUAAUGGCAUCAAGCCAAUAUUAAUGUGCGACAAACUAUCAAAUACUCUGAAAGGUUUGCCAUUAGACGAAGCAAAAGAUUGUUUGAAGAAACUUGCAAAAACUAAUGGUUUUUCAACUGAUCUGUUAAAAGAUUGCUCUAAGAAAGAUAAUCCAGACAACGUUUCUGACGAUAAACAGACUGUUAAAAAGGAAAAGCCGAAACAUAUAACAGGCUAUCUUAAUUUGAUAGCCAAUAUUAUAGAUAAUUUUACUCAUGGAUUGGCUGUGGGUGGUUCUUUCCUUGUAUCUUUUCGUUUAGGUGUUCUCACUACGUUUGCUAUUCUCAUACAUGAGAUUCCUCACGAGAUCGGCGAUUUUGCGAUUCUAUUACGCAGUGGAUUCAAUAAAUGGGAUGCUGCGCGGGCGCAGCUUCUUACUGCUAGUGGUGGUAUUUUUGGGGCCAUGUCAGCUGUAUUUUUUUCUGGUAGCGAAGUUGGAGCAAAAACGAAUUGGAUAUUACCUUUCACUGCGGGUGGUUUUCUACAUAUCGGCAUGGUGACCAUUCUACCUGAACUGCUUAAAGAAACUAGUCCUAAAGAAUCUUUGAAACAAUUAGUCGCAUUAGUUUUUGGUAUUAUCAUUAUGGCAAUUUUAACAAUUUUUUGCGACUAAUAAGUUAUUUCUUUUUGCAAUAAAGUUAGUAAUUUGUUGAUGUAUAUCGUCACGUAUCGAGUAUAAUUUUUUUUUUAUAUAUUAAUGUCUCUUGAUACGUGUACGAACAAAUAAUUAAAAUUUGCCAUAGAAAAUUUUGUCAUGUAAUACUUAUUGCUCAAUCGUGGUGCAUCUACACCGAAAAAUGGUAGAGACGAGGAAUGACGGUUAAUGAUUAACCAAAUUCCUGUAUAAAUUACUCAAUUUUUGUACUGAGUUUAGUUUGAAACAGCACUUCAUAAUUAUAUAUAUAUUCAGAACGCAAUUACUAUUUUUACAUUUUAUCUAAUUGUUAUGUUUAAAUUGCUCUUUAGAAAACUUUUCUUUAGGAAUUGCAUUUCGUUUUCAUGUCAGUAAUUUACAUCUUUGAAUAUUGAUUACAAUAGUAAUAUUAGUUACAAUAGUAAUAUUAGUUACAAUAGUUAACAUUAUUUUUUUAAUAGUAAAAAACAUUUAAAAAAAAAAUCUGAAUUAUUUUUAUAUACUUCAAUUGUUUAUUAGUAAUUUGAUAUUAUCGAAUUAUAUUGUUAUAUCAAAAAUUACUGUUAUAAACUUGACAUAGUUUAUACGUGAAUAUACGUAUGUUCCUCCGUAAACUAUCGAAAACAUGUUAUAUAAAACGUCAUUCCGUUUCUAUAUCAACUUACUUUGCACUUAAACUUUGUUAUUUAGGCGUUACUGUAAAACCAGUAUUUACUUUCAUGUUGUAAAACAGAUCAUCAUGUACAUAAUGUUUAUGCUUCCUUGUUUACUGUUAAAAAAAAUCUUGAAAUUCCAAAAAAAUUUUGUAAAUUACGCACAGAAAGAUAAAUGUAUUUUCGGAUACAUGUAUCGGUUUGUACGAUACGUGCAUUCUAACAAAUGUAUAUUUUAUGUUCCUACAAUAUUGUAAAUAAUAUAUUGCAUUCUCUAUCAUCUUAUUAUAAAAGCAACAAAAAACAUAUUCUUAAAGAUAUAUAUAUAUAUAUAAAAGUUUGUAUAUCAAAUCACAACAGAAACAAUAUGCAACAAAUAUUAUGUAAAAUCUGUAAAAUUGGUAUGUAGAUAUAGCGUCACUGUAUUUAAUAAAAUUUGAGAAAUUAAAGGCAAGUAUUUUAGAGGAAUUCGCGAAUUAGAUUAGAUAUUAAAUCGAAGGAGAUUCCAUCUUAUUCUCCGUAAAUUUAUAUAUUAUUUAAGGAUUUUAUAUAUCGAGCAAAAUAAACGCAAUCCUUGUACUUAAAGGAUUAUUCUUUCACAACAAAACACUUGAUAGUGUUUUUUUUAAGCACGUGUAAAUAGAAAUUCGGAACGUAUGAAACUAGUUCAACCGGCAACUAGUUUAAACGAUUCGGCAAGUAUAUUUUCUAUAAACUAUGACUACACGAGAGGAAAUCGUUCAUAUGUAAUCAUUAUUAUUUGUAAAUAAAGUAUUUUAUUCUAUAUAA